UCUUUUGCAAAGAAAUCGUCGACGCCCAUGUGCGACACGUGUUUUAAAAAUCUCAAGAAAAAAACGGAGAAAACUCGAUACUGCCAUAAAUGCCAAGAGCCGCUGGAUCUCGAGUUCAUUGUUAUACGUGGACUCCGCUAUCACCCAAAACAUUUUCUCUGCGCCGCACCUGAUUGCAAGCGCGUGCUCGACCACUCGGCACAGGAGAAGGAUAAUCUGCUAUACUGCAAAAGUUGUUAUCACAAAAUCACAGUGCUUCCCACAUGUGCUGCCUGCCGGCGGGUUAUCGAGGGCCCCUCGCGGUCGGCGCUGGGAAAACACUGGCACCCCGAGCAUCUCGUUUGCAAAAAGUGCGACAUGCCGUUGUUGGGAAUGCUUGUGUACGAGCACAAAGGGAACGCCUACUGUUUGACUCACUUCACUGAGGUAGCUGGAGACGUCUGCUCUUUUUGCCUUGCACCAAUCAUGACCCAUAAAAAAAUAAAAGCUCUCGAUAAGUAUUGGUGUAAAGACCACUUCACAUGUUUCGCAUGCGAUAAACCUUUAGAAAAGUUUUUCGGAGUCGAUUUUCGGUUGUACUGUGAAGAGUGCUUCCUCGAAUUACCUGAUAAAGUCCGGAAGCAACUGGACCAGUUGGAAGCUUUAGAAAAAAAAUAUCAAAAACAAAAAAAGAAAUCUCGAGCAAAAUAUUAUGAAAAGUACGGCCUUGAGAAAUAA